AUGUCAAAGUUUUUAUGUGAUGCAACAAAAAUCAUAUCACCUAAUGAAUAUAAGAGAAUUCUUCCAAAAAGUGAAAUAGACAUGAUUAUUCAGUCAAAAGGGAAAGAUAUACAACAAUUACCAUCUGUUCCUAAAGGAUUAAGUUUUCUGACCAAAUCUAUGUAUUAUUUAAUUGCUGAUCAUUAUAUGAAGAAUAAUCAUUUUGAUCGUGCUGUUGAGUAUUACUUACAAGAUUUACGUGUCUCUCCACAACGUGUCGAUACAUGGGCAUCGUUAGGUUUAAUUUAUUCAAGUGAAUUGGAACAAGUUUUAAAUUUG